CCUAAUUAAAAUCUUUUUCAGUGUUUAAAGAUUGUCCGCUCAAUGAAAAGUGCGUAAGAAUAUCCCUGUGCCCGCACAUGAAGCCUUUUGCCGAGACAAUGCCACACAUACGGUGUGGACGCGAUAUCAAGGCUGAUUCCUUAGACCAGAGGCUCCUCGUUUGCUGCCCAGAUCCUGGCAAUGUCCUGCCGAAUGAGGACAUCUGUGGACGAAGGCCGGGCAGUUUUCGAAUUUAUGGUGGAACAGAGGCUAAGCCCGACGAGUUCCCAUGGAUGGCCAUGUUGCUAGACAAAAGGGGCAAAACAAAAUGUGCGGGAUCCUUGAUCAACAAUCGGUAUGUUCUAACUGCAGCCCAUUGUGUGAAUCGGUGGUCUGUCACAUCCGUUCGCCUGGGCGAACAUGUCAGAUCCACCAAUGCCGACUACUUCAAGCUAGAUUCUAGGAAGCCGGAUGCUCCGUACUUACAAAUAGAUGUGAUGCAUAUUGAGAAACAUGAUGGUUUCAAUGAAAUAUUUUAUGAAUACCCGGAUGAUAGUAUGAACAACGACAUCGCCCUGCUGCGACUUAAGCGGCCAGUAAGCUAUACCAAAGUAAUUAGACCAAUUUGUCUCCUGGGCAGUCACAUCUCCUCGCAAUAUUGCCAAACAAGUCCCGAAUUCGAAAUCGCCGGCUGGGGUUAUACCGAAAAUAAUACUCCCAGUGAUGUCUUGUUGAAAGCCACCAUCAAGGAAACGGAGUUUUGGACCAUGUGUCCAACCAACAUUAAACACAAACCCUUUUGGGAGACCAGAAUAUGUGCGGGUGGUCAGGAGGGAAGGGACACAUGCUUUGGCGACUCCGGUGGUCCACUGAUGGCCACUAAAACAUCAGAUAAUUACAAAGAAUUCGUAUAUCUAGCUGGCAUCACCUCCUACGGACCAAGAAACGAAUGCGGAGAGCCAGGUGUCUAUACAAGAACUGAAGCCUAUAUCUAUUGGAUUCUGUACCACAUAAUGCCUUGAAUUUUUAGUGAAAUUUUUUUGAUAUUAUUCAUUUUACAUAAAUAAUAUAAAGUUCUCUUAUCACGCUAUCCCUUUUAUAUCAAAUAAUUAAACUUGUACUGUCCAUAACUCACAACUUUGCUUACAAUAAAGAUCAGAAAAGCAAGCAAAA